AUGGAGACUCGAAGCUCUGAUUCUUCUUGGGAUAACUUGCGUAAUAAACAUAGACUCGUAAUUGAGAAUGAUCCACGAGAAAAAGCUUCUUGUGAUUCGUUAUUGCCAAAAGUUAUUGCGUUGGAGGAGAUUUUGCGAGGCAUAGGUUUUUCUUCGGGCGUUCACACAUCUUCUACGUUAUGUCGUAAAGACUUUGAUGCUAACUUAUCAAGUUUCUUACCGAUUUAUAAGAAAAAUGAGCGUCUUAUUAAUGCAAUAUUUGAAUUUCUGAAAAAACCACUGGAGAAAUCUAAAGUGGACGUUGGAGAAAAAGAUUGUAAAAAACAAAUUUGCGACUUCAAAUAG